AUGAGCACGCGCGGGUUCUCUCCCAGCGCUGCCCAGCGGGCCGUCGUGGCGAAUGCGCGCCGCCCGACCGCCGCUCCCCGUGCCAGCCCGGCUGCACGCGCCAGGCUGCACGCCCGCAGCGCACCGCGGCCGGCGUCCGUCUCUGCGGGCGCAGCGCGAGGCCGUGCGCCCAGCACUGCACCUAGUGCUUCGCGGCAGCGCAGCGUCUCCCCGGACCGCAUCUCAAGCGGCGGCGCAAGCGAGCGAGCCCCCCAGCUGUCGCGGGGCGGGCGGCGGCGCGGGGGGGCACGGAGGGCGGCUGUGGCGGUAGACUUUGGGCCGCACCUGACGCCGCUCCUGGAGGCGGACGCGGCGCUGGCGGCGUCGGGGAUCGCGCUGCCGGACCGGGCGCGGAGGGCGGCGCAGCGCACCGGCGGCGCGGUGCCCACGGAGGUGGUGUCCGGGCUGCUGCGUCUGUCUGCCGAGGGGGGGAGUCUCGAGCGCGUGGUGGCCUCCCUCGGGGUGCCCGUGCUGACGGAGCGCCUCCUCAAGGACCCGCGCAUCCUGUUCAAGGUCACCGCGGACGUGGUCAUCGACGGCGUGUGCUGCAUCAUCGCGGAACUCGACAAGCGAGGCGUGUCCAGGGCCCUCAGUACGGAGGCGCACCUGGUCCUGGGAGACCUUAUUGUGGGGCUGGUGCUCGACGCGGCACUGGUCCUCAUGAUGGCUCCCGCGCAGGGCCUCGGUGCGCGGCGGCGCGGCGCGGACGGCGGCGCGGGCGCGAGCCUCGUUGAGCGCGUGCGGAUCAGCGUUGAUGCGUUGCCGGCGACGGCGUUCGAGCGCGGCGCGUACACGACGGCGCAGCGCGUGCAGAGCGUCGCGUUCAAGGGCGCGCAGUACCUGGUCGUCGGCACGGCGUGCGGCGUGGCGGGGCUGUCGCUGGCAAACGGCCUGGUGGCUGCGUCGGGCGGGGACGCGAGCUUGCAGGUCGACGUGUGGCACACCGCGAUGGUGUGGGGCGUGUUCAUGGGCGUGUCCUCGAACGUGCGGCUACAGACGGUCGUCGGGCUGGAGCGGCUGCUCGAGGACACGCCCUGGGCGGCAAAGCGUGCGUGGGUGCUGGCGGGCGGCACGCUGGCGCUGCGGCUGGCAAACAACGUCAUCGGGGGAGAGAACUACAUCGACAUGGCGCGCUUCUUCGGCGUCCAGUGA